AAUGGAUGCAUCAAGACCAUUCCAAUAAAGAGAUUCAAGACUCAAGAGACUCAAAAAUGGCAGUUUUCAAAAGACAACCUUAGCCGCAGUAGCAGUAACUAUUAAGCAAUGGGCACACAAACAACAUUCUGCGAUAUGCUUUCUUGCUCCUCCUCUUCUUUCUGCUUUGUGGUCUUAAAAACUUCAUCACCCAAAACUAAAACAACUCUCAGACCCUCCUCCUCAAAUUUUGCACUCCAAACCCCACCACCAUUACAGGUUAAGCACACCAACACCCAUUCUCUCAAACCCACAUACCCUUAUUUUCUCAGAAGAUUUUCUAGAACAAAAACUAGAGCCACCCUUGAUGAAAAAGACCAAAGUGCCACCCCUCUUCUUGAGCAGGAAGAACAACAACAACAACCCAGCAGAGAAGUUGAAGAGAGUGUAGAAUUGCUGAAAAAGGCUGCUAAGAGCAGAAGGGUUGCGGCAGAGGAGAUUUUGUCUGCUUUUUCUGUAAUUGAGAAGGCAAAGAUUGAUCCCUCAGGAUUUCUUGAUACGCUAGGUGGAUCAAAAUCCCCUGGUAGAACAUGGAUGCUUAUUUUUACUGCUGAGAAGGAAAAUAAGGGGGGUCGUUAUUUUCCUAUUACAGCGAUUCAGAGGUUCGAUGCUACUGCAAAGAGAAUUGAGAAUGGUGUAUAUCUCGGACCAAUUGGAUGCUUAACGUUUGAAGGCAGAAUUUCAUGGAAGAAGAGAAUACUGGCCUUCAUUUUUGAGUGUAUUCGGAUAAAAAUUGGACCUUGGAACCCUUUACAGAUAAGUCUUGGCCAAAAAGAAGACAGGGAGCCAAGCACCAAGGAUCCUUUCUUUAUCUGGUUUUAUGUUGAUGAGGAAAUAGCAGUUGCACGAGGCAAAAGUGGGGGGACUGCAUUUUGGUGCCGCUGUCGCCGUGUCACUAUUUGACUUUCAUUCAUAUACCUGCAGUAAUAUGUCCUUGUACAGUUGGUAAAUAUUACACUGUUUACAUUAGGAGCUUGAUACAGUUCAACACAUUAGGACUACAACUAUUUGAAGUGUUAUGUGUCUCCAAAUAAGUUUCUGUUGUCAUCAGCCAUCACCAUGAUUGUUAAUGUGGUAUACAAUGUAUGGUCGACAAUGGACCUUGUAUCCUGGAGCCCUACGAAAACCAUUGCUUUUAUGUCUUUUAAUAAUUUCUACCCAUCAUGAUGCCUUUCAGUA